GCACAACUGUCCGUGCACAACUGUCCGUGCACAACUGUCCGUGCACACCUGUCCGUGCACUCUUCCACGCACACCACGGAAGCAAUGGCAGACAACGCAGCAGCACCAGCACCCCUCUACCUCCCCGCCAUCCUCCAGAACCCCGCAAACAGGGCAGCUCGCCAGGUGCACGCACACAACGCCCAGCAGAGGGAAAAGGCUGCAGCUCGCCGUGAACGCGACACCAGGUCAAACGCCGCCCCAGAGUACAAUGGGAAAGGCAAGAGGGUAAUAAGGCGACUUGACAAUGCGGCCUUUGCCUCGAAUCCGCAUAUCGUACGUCCAACAAAAACCGACUAUGCUCCUCCAGUACCGCUUCAAGCACGUCCUUCGCGCCCAUCGUUCCCGGCCGGCGCAAUCCCACGCUCCACGCCCGUCCCUCCGGCUCUCGUCCCCGAACGAGACCCCUUUUCUCCAGACUCUCGUCAAGGCUCAUUCUCCACUUCGUUGAAGGGAACCCGUGCUAUGCUCCGCAAGCGAGGUAAACGGGCUGAAGGCCUAGUCACCAAGGCAGAUGCCGAAAUCAGAAAGUGGCUCGGCGGAGAGUGGGGUGAUUUGAAUGCACAGGAAGACGGGCAGUGGCGAGUCAUUGAUGAACGACUAGUCGACUAUGCUUCCGAAGCGGGAGCUGCGUCUACUUCAUCUGCCGCCCGAAGGCUUCCCACACAUCGAGGCCUUGACAUCUUGCCGGAUCUCCCCAUCGAGAAUGGUCAAAUUCCUGCCAUCUUGGAAAUCUCGCGCUCACCUGCGCACCUGACCUGGUGCCUUUCUGAAAGCUUUGACCGUCUCGUCAUCCAUCUUCUUUCUCGCUAUUACGAGCUUGCUUCGUGGAGCCAAGACCUUGCAACAACCUCGGGCCAAAUUCUUCGAGUCACUCACGUCGUUGUCCCUUCUAUCGCACAGCCCAACCGCCAUCCCAUCGCUGGUCAUAGUCUAGCCACUCCAGAAACCAGCGAAGUCUCUGGCCAAUCGUCUUCCGAAAGCAACUAUCAUUCGAGCUAUCACUCGCUUUCCGAGGGCGAGUCAAAUGAAUCGAGCGGAUUCACAGAAUCCGACAGCGACACUGCAACCGAAAUGGGCGAUGCAGAGAUCGUCAGCUACUCUGUCGAGGGCGAUACCACCAUCACGCCCAUACCAGAGAUGUCCGACCUGUCCUUAUCGGAAAACGAGAACGAAUUGAUAAGAACCUUUUCAACGACGUCUUCCCGAUAUGCGUCCUCGGAGGGCGGUUCCGACUUUGGCACUCUCGGCGAUAGCUUGACGAUCCCAAGGACGUCCGGUCAUGAGAGUGAAGAUAGCAUGGCAGGCGGAUGGGUAGAUAUGGACGACGAGUCUGACUUUGGGGAUAUACCCGGUUUUUCGCGUCUCAGAAUUGAUGCAAUGUACGGCCGUAUAAACCCAGGGGUGAGAGUAUCGGCAAGAGGAUGGGAAAGCAAACCCACGUUCUUCGAGUAUUUGUAUGGUGUAUAGACGGUUAGACAUGCAUUUGAUUUACGCGUCU